CCUUAUAAAUUCCCUUGUAAUAUCAAUCUCCCACGAGAGAUCUCCGGCCGGCAGAGUGUGUACACUCAAGAUCAUAUCAUGGGGAUUCAAGAACCAGAGCCGACGACGGCAGGCCUCCGAAGAAGAGGCUGUUCGUACCAGAAAGGUGAUUUCCUGCCGGAGGAGUCCUUCCAGACAUGGGAAAACUACACCGCCGCAUUAAAACAGACUCCUCACCGGUUACUCGAUCGGCUGUUCACACGCUCCGGCGACCAGGCGGAGCUCGACGCAAAGGCGAAAAGCCAAACGGCGAUGAAGAAAACGCUAACGUGGUGGGAUCUGAUGUGGUUUGGUAUGGGCGCUGUCAUCGGAGCCGGAAUCUUCGUGCUCACCGGACUUGAAGCUCACGAUGAUGCUGGUCCGGCAGUCGUCUUGUCCUACGUCGUCUCCGGCGCUUCCGCUCUCAUGUCCGUGUUUUGCUACACCGAGUUCGCCGUCGAAAUUCCAGUUGCAGGUGGGUCCUUCGCUUAUUUGAGGGUGGAAUUAGGAGACUUCGUCGCCUUCAUCGCCGCCGGUAACAUCCUCCUAGAAUACGUAAUCGGCGGAGCUGCGGUGGCGCGUUCAUGGACCUCCUACUUCGCAACCCUCUGCAACUACAAUCCCAAAGACUUCCGCAUCACCGCUCACGGCCUAGCCGAAAACUACAACCAACUUGACCCAAUCGCCGUCGGCGUCAUCGCCAUCAUCUGCAUCAUCGCCGUCCUCAGCACCAAAGGCUCCUCCCGCAUCAACUACAUCGCCUCCAUCGUCCACAUCAUCGUCAUACUGUUCAUCAUCAUCUGCGGGCUUAUCAACGCCGACACCGACAAUUACAGACCUUUCGCUCCUAAGAAAGCCAGGGGUGUCUUCAAGGCGUCGGCUGUUUUGUUCUUUGCUUAUGUUGGGUUUGAUGCGGUGGCGACAAUGGCGGAGGAGACUAAGAAUCCGGCAAGAGAUAUUCCGAUUGGACUUGUUGGGUCGAUGGUGAUCACCACCGCGUUAUACUGUGCAUUAGCGAUAACGCUUUGCUUGAUGCAACCGUAUUUGUCGAUAGAUAUCGAUGCUCCUUUCUCCAAGGCGUUUGAGGCGGUGGGGUGGGAUUGGGCGAAAUAUGUGGUGGCUGCCGGAGCUUUGAAGGGUAUGACGUCAGUGCUACUAGUGGGAGCUGUUGGUCAAGCCAGAUACCUUACCCAUAUCGCUCGGACACACAUGAUGCCACCAUGGUUCGCGAUUGUGGAUGCCAAAACCGGUACACCCGUGAACGCAACUAUCGCCAUGCUGGUUGCCACCGCCGUAAUCGCAUUCUUCACCAGCCUCGGCGUCCUGUCAAACCUCCUCUCCAUCUCCACCCUUUUCAUCUUCAUGCUUGUGGCGGUUGCCCUCCUCGUCCGCCGCUACUACGUCACCGGCGUCACCACCACUGCCAACCGCAACAAACUCAUAGCAUGUUUAGCAACCAUUCUCAUUUCCUCUAUCGCCACUUCCGCAUAUUGGGGGCUCUCGAAGCAUGGGUGGAUCGGAUACUGUGUCACGGUCCCACUCUGGGUGAUUGGGACCGUGUCACUUUGGGCUUUCGUGCCAAUGGCACGACAGCCCAAGAUGUGGGGGGUACCACUGGUGCCGUGGUUACCCUCUGCUUCGAUUGCAAUUAAUAUUUUUCUUUUGGGUUCUAUUGAUAGAGACUCCUUUAUUAGGUUUGGAGGGUGGACGGGUUUCUUGUUGGUUUAUUACUUCUUGUUUGGACUUCAUGCAGCAUAUGACACGGCUAAGGGGGAGGAGAAGGAGUGGAAGAAGGUUGAAGAAGGAGUGAAUAAUGGGUUGGAGAGUAAAAGUGAUUUGGUAGAUGAUAAUAAAUCGUAAAAUUAUUUUCUGUAGUUAUUAUAUGGUUUUGCUUUUUGAAAAUGUGUGUUCAUUAAAUGAUGUCGUAGUAAAAGGGAAUUAAUUUGAAGCAAAUGGUAUACCGUAAAAGCAGGGAUGGUAUAGUGUGACAUUUGUUUGAAGUUUAUA